AUGAAGGAACAUCAGGAGAGGGUCAACAAAAUACCAGGUGCUCCGAAGCUAUUACCAAAACGCGAUAUGGGCCGAUUCGUCGAACAGCUUUAUAGCGAAGGGGCUGCUCCACACUUUAUUCCAAAGACCUUCAAAAUGCUGCUAUACUUAAAAAUAUAUGACGGGACCACGGACCCGGAGGAUCACUUAAUCCAUUAUGUUACUGCAGUAAAGGAGAUAGUGUACACACUGGAGAAGUUGGGCACGAAGGUGCAGUGGCCGCAAAAGAUGAAAUCGAAUCCAAGCACCAGGAGGUCGAACGUCCUUUGUGAAUUCCACCAAGAAAGAGGACACAAGACCGAAGAUUGCAUAGGUCUGCGGCAAGAAGUAGUUAGGAUGUUGAACCAGUUGUACCUGAAAGAACUGCUAAGCGAUAAAGGAAGGGCCAACUUCGCUCGAGGGCGCGACCCAUCUCAAGGGCCUCCAAAGCCACCAUCACCAGCCCGUACCAUACAAAUGACCAUUGGGGGUGGUGAUGACAUGGUAAUCAACCAUGUGAAGUUCACCACCACGCACAAACUCAAACAGAUAGUCGCCCACGAACGGUAUGAUGACCUUGAAGAUAAUAUCAUCUUCGAUAAGUUAGAUACUGACGGUUUGUCUUUCCCUCACUAUGAUGCUUUAGUUAUAACUUUACGCAUUGCUGAUACCUAUGUAAAAAGAAUCAUGGUGGAUGACGGAAGUGGCGCGUGUAUUGUUCACCCGCGAGUUCUCAUGCAAAUGAGGCUCGAGGAUAAAAUAAUACUGUGUUACAUAACACUAACGGGUUUUAAUAAUGCAUUAGAGCGGACAUCUGGAGAAAUAGUGCUACCUGUCCUGGCAGGAGGGGUCUUCCUAGAAACAACAUUCCGCAUCAUGAACCAGGAAACGGCCUACAACGCCAUCAUAGGACGACCAUGGAUGCACGCCAUGCUAGCCGUCCCCUCAAGCUUCUAUCAAGUCAUCAAAUUUCCCACCGCAUGGGGGAUAUUCAGUAUCCGAGGCGAGCCACGUACCGCCCAAGAAUGCUACGGAUCGUCCAAGAUUGCACACACACAAAACAGCUAA